GGGAAGAGGGCGAAAGUGCCACUGGAGAUAAUUGAUUACCUACCAAUCAAUGAUAACUUGUUAGUAAUCGUCAACUCUUUGGACCUCGCCAUUUUCAGGGAGGCAUCUCACUCCUGCGGACUUGCUGCUCCCGAGGAUCGACACUCUAAAGACAUCCCGUUUUGGAAUAAGAUUUUAUUUUCUUCAUUCUCUCCUCAGUGUUUUGGGGUUUUUUUUUACCUCCCAAACUGUUAUGUGACUUUUUUCCUCAAUAGUAUCGUUCGUUUUUAACCGACAAAUAUUUCAACGAAGUCCUUUACAAACUCUGCGCACAACCAAUGAUGACAUCCAAAGAAGUGGCCAAAUGUGAUGCAGUGGAGAACAGGAGGCGAAGUCCGCUGGACCACUUGCCGCCUCCUGCCAACUCCAACAAGCCGCUGACCCCCUUCAGCAUCGAGGAUAUCCUGAACAAACCGUCUGUGAAACGAAGUUAUACAAUUUGCGGAACAGCUCAUCUAAUUUCGUCCUCUGAGAAGCACCGUCCGUCCAGCAUCCCCCUGUCCAGCCGGGCUCUCCUCAACCAAACCUCCCCGCUCUGCGCGUUAGAGGAGCUGGCCAGCAAGACCUUCAAGGGGCUGGAAGUUAGCGUUUUACAGGCUGCGGAAGGCCGGGACGGCAUGACUCUGUUCGGUCAGAGAAGCACUCCGAAGAAGCGUCGGAAGUCUCGGACUGCGUUCACCAAUCACCAAAUCUACGAGCUAGAGAAGCGCUUCCUGUACCAGAAGUACCUGUCGCCGGCCGACCGGGACCAGAUCGCGCAGCAGCUAGGCCUGACGAACGCGCAGGUCAUCACGUGGUUUCAGAACCGGAGGGCCAAGCUAAAACGGGACCUGGAGGAGAUGAAGGCCGACGUGGAGUCGGCCAAGGCCGUCGGCCAGGUCCCCUUGGAGAAGCUCGCCAAGCUGGCAGACCUGGAGAAAUGCGCCAACGGUACGCUGGGCCACCCGCGAGCCCAUUCCCCCGCGCGGGGCGGCAAGCAGCGCGAGCUCGUUCAGAAACUGCGGAACUCGCCGCUGUCCCCAUUCUCAGACCACACAACUAGUAAAGAGUGCUCAGAGGACGAGGACGUGGAGAUUGAUGUGGAUGACUGAUGGCGCAGCGUGGGGCUCGAAGGUCGAGAAACACAAAAAGACGAUAGAAAAAAUCCUACCGAGGACUUGUAACUUACUGCUUAUAUUGUAUACCAUAUCUCAGAACAUGUACCAAAAUGUAAUGACUUUUAUAUCGACACAGAUAGACCUAUUCAUAGUGAAGCAUGAACCCAGAACAAGAAAUAUGCAGUGGUGUUUUACAAUGUAUUCAUUAGAAAACUGUUACUUCUUGCAAUCAAAGCAAUAUGGUCUAUAAUGACAUGAGUAACUUAUUAUUUUUUUACACUAUAGGCCAACGCACACACACACGCACGCACAUACACUUGCACGCACACACGCGCGC